CGUCAGAUCCCGGGGACGCCGGGGGCCCGGGCUGAGCGCCGCAGCCCGCGAGGAGGAGCACCGUAAAUUUGCUGCCCAGACAAGAGGUGUAUUUCUCCAGCAAUGAAUUCCUCGUUUCACCUGCAUUUCUUGGAUCUCAACCUGAAUGCCACAGAGGGCAACCUUUCAGGACCCAGUGUCAGAAACAAGUCUUCGCCCUGUGAAAACAUGGGCAUCGCUGUGGAGGUGUUUCUCACUCUGGGUGCCAUCAGCCUCGUGGAGAACAUCUUGGUUAUAGGGGCCAUAGUGAAGAACAAAAACCUGCACUGCCCCAUGUACUUCUUCGUGUGCAGCCUGGCAGUGGCCGACAUGCUGGUGAGCAUGUCCAACGCCUGGGAGACCAUCACCAUCUACCUGCUCAACAACAAGCACCUAGUGAUAGCAGACGCCUUUGUGCGCCACAUUGACAACGUGUUUGACUCCAUGAUCUGCAUUUCCGUGGUGGCGUCCAUGUGCAGCUUGCUGGCCAUUGCGGUGGAUAGGUACGUCACCAUCUUCUAUGCCCUGCGCUACCACCACAUCAUGACGGCGAGGCGCUCGGGGGCCAUCAUCGCCGGCAUCUGGGCUUUCUGCACCGGCUGCGGCAUCGUCUUCAUCCUGUACUCCGAGUCCACCUACGUCAUCCUGUGCCUCAUCUCCAUGUUCUUCACGAUGCUGUUCCUCCUGGUGUCUCUGUACAUACACAUGUUCCUCCUGGCGCGGACUCACGUCAAGCGGAUGGCGGCUGUGCCCGGGGCCAGCUCUGCGCGGCAGAGGACCAGCAUGCAGGGCGCGGUCACCCUCACCAUGCUGCUGGGCGUGUUCAUCGUGUGCUGGGCCCCGUUCUUCCUGCAUCUCAUUUUAAUGCUUUCUUGCCCUCAGAACCUCUACUGCUCUUGCUUCAUGUCUCACUUCAAUAUGUACCUCAUCCUCAUCAUGUGCAACUCCGUGGUGGACCCUCUCAUAUAUGCCUUCCGCAGCCGGGAGAUGCGCAAGACGUUUAAGGAGAUUAUUUGCUGCCCGGGCUUCCGAAUCGCCUGCAGCUGUCCCGGAAGGGAUUAA